AUGAUGGAUCACGCCCCUCUGAAGCCCCAUUGUGGGGAGAAACACUACAAAAAUCCUAUUUUUAAUCUUCUCUUUUCUUGUUUUAUCAGCCAACUUCCAAAGAUCUUCCAGUCUUUCCUGAUGUCUGCCACGUUUAAUGAAGAUGUCCAGGCACUGAAGGAGCUCGUGUUGCACAAUCCUGUGACCCUGAAGUUGGAAGAAUCUCAGCUUCCUGACAGCUCUCAGCUGACACAAUAUCAUAUCCAGUGUGAGGAGGAAGAAAAGUUCCUCUUACUCUUUGCGCUGCUUAAACUGUCCCUCAUCCGCGGCAAGACCAUCAUAUUUGUGAACGACGUGGAUCGGAGUUACCGGCUGAAGCUUUUCCUGGAACAGUUCAGUAUUCCAGCGUGUGUGCUAAAUUCUGAGCUGCCGGUCCAGUCGCGGUGUCACAUCAUAGCUCAGUUUAAUCAGGGCUUCUACGACUACGUCAUUGCCACAGAUGAACGCUCGUUAGCUGAACCCCGCGGGAAGGAAAAGAAGGCAACCGGCAGGAAGAAGAAAGGAAAAGGAGAAAAAGGUCAGGACAGUGAGUACGGAGUGUCUCGUGGCAUAGACUUUCACAACGUGUCUACCGUACUAAACUUUGACUUUCCCCAGUCUGUUGAUUCCUAUAUUCACCGGGCCGGAAGGACCGCUCGUGCUAAUAACCCAGGUGUGGUCCUAACAUUAGUGGCACACACAGAGCUCUCCCUGCUGGCAGAUGUUGAGGAAGCUCUCGGAGGAGCUGGAGGUGGCGAUUGUGUGCUGCGCCCCUACAGGUUUCGUAUGGAGGAAGUGGAGGGCUUCCGGUAUCGUUGUCGGGAUGCCAUGAGGUCAGUGACCAAACAAGCUAUAAAGGAGGCUCGGCUAAAGGAGAUAAAGGAGGAACUGCUCAACUCUGAGAAACUAAAGACCUAUUUUGAGGAUAAUCCACGUGAUUUCCACCUUCUCCGACACGACAAAGCCCUGCACCCGGCAGUAGUGAAACCUCACAUGAAAAACGUUCCAGAAUAUUUGGUCCCACCUUCCAUGCGCUCUGUCGUCAAUCUUCUGAACAAGAGGAAAAGAAGGCUACGAACGAAGGCGGGAGGAUUUUCCAAAUUCAAGAGGCCUCAGAAUCCACUUCGCACUUUCAAAUAUACAAAAGGAAGGAAGAGGAUUGCCAAGAAAGGCUCAGAGCAGACCUAAG